AGUAGAAAAAGCGUGCAGGAGUAUGUACAGAGCAAUACAAGUAGAAACUAGGAAGAAAGAUUAUUAUAUUUUUAGACGUCCGUUAAAAUAAAGCGACCAAAUUUUUAUAAUAUAAAUUAUUAUUUAAAUUUUACAUACAUAAAUGUAUAUAUAUAUAUAUAUAUAUAUAUAUAUAUACAUACAUAAAUGCACCUUAUACAAUAUGUACAUAGUACAAUGCAUACAUAUGUACGCCAAUUGACACGUAUCGUGCUGUAAUCUGAACUUGCGGUGAUUAAUACAUAUAUAUGUACAUUCAGAUUCAGAUUGACGAAUUCGCCGGGUAAUGAAAGAUUCUCAGUUUUGGCAUAGUUGCUAGUGGUUGCUAGCAUUAAUUUUAGGGAUACGUUGCAGAAUGGGUCAACACGUUUCAAGAACCGAUUUCGAAUGGGUUUACACGGAAGAGCCGCAUGCAUCGCGUCGCAAAAUAAUUUUGGAAAAAUAUCCACAAAUAAAAAAACUGUUUGGAUAUGAUCCUAUGUUCAAAUGGGUAGUCACAGGAUUGGUUUUAAUUCAAUUCGUAUCCUUGUAUUUUAUAAAGGAUUCAAAUUAUCCAAUGAUCUUUCUAGUGGCAUAUUGUUUUGGAGGAGUAAUUAAUCAUUCUUUGAUGUUAGCAAUACAUGAAAUAGCACAUAAUCUUGCCUUUGGGCAUUGUAGACCUAUGGCAAAUAGAUUAUUUGGAUAUUUUGCAAAUUUACCUAUAGGUAUACCAAUUUCUGUUAGUUUUAAGAAGUAUCAUCUUAUACACCACCGUUAUCAAGGAGAUGAAGUAUUAGAUACUGAUUUGCCAACAUUAGUGGAAGCCAAGUUAUUUUGUACAACAUUUGGAAAAUUCUGUUGGGUACUUUUACAGCCAUUUUUUUAUGCAUUUAGACCACUCGUUGUUUACCCAUUAUUGCCUACAGAUCUGGAAUACAUUAAUUUAGUGAUACAGCUCGUGUUCGAUGGGGCAAUAUGGUAUUUAUUUGGUGGAAAAGCCUUAGUAUAUUUACUUUCUGGAUCAGCAUUGGCAAUGGGUCUACAUCCUGUAGCUGGUCAUUUCAUAUCGGAACAUUACAUGUACAGGAAAGGCUUCGAGACGUACAGUUACUAUGGUCCAUUAAAUUGGAUUACAUUUAAUGUUGGAUAUCAUAAUGAACACCAUGAUUUUCCAGCUGUUCCUGGUUCAAGAUUACCAGAGGUAAAAAAAAUAGCUUCCGAAUUUUAUGAUAAUUUACCACACCACGAUUCGUGGACGUCAGUAUUAUAUGAUUUUGUUAUGGACCCAGAUAUUGGUCCCUAUGCAAGAAUUAAAAGAAAACAUAGGGGACUCCCUUCGUGAAACUUGGAAAACUUUUAAUUUCUAAAAACAAAUAUUUGAAUAAUAAACAUUAGAACCUUGGAAUUACAUACGUAUUUAGAGCAUACUGAGUGUAAUGACUAAUUUAUUAGAUUUCUUUCAGUAUUACAUGUGAAAAUCAUAAAUGUGUAAUCUUUAACAUCGAUUUCAUCGAUGAAUACAGUUAAUUUCAAAUAUGAACGUCAUUUAAAUUCUAUAUUUUGUCAAGAUAUAUUCAUUUUUAUCAAUGUUUUGAACGCUAUAUUUCCAAAUGAAAAUUCACAGAAUUGUUUUAGCACUUGCUACGUUCGUUCUAUACUUAAACCGGAAAUGAAAGAAGUUGAGGUAGCAAAGUAUUCUAUUUAAUGAUUCCUGUAAAUAUUUUACAUAUAAUAAAAUAAUAUAUGUGACUAUAGCAAUCAAGAUUAAAAACUAUUAAAUUUUUAGGCAACUGUUUACAACUGAAACACAAAUUUCGUGCAUUUGUAAACUAGUAUAACAAUAAACUUUUUACCACGAAUAA